ACCAUCACCUCCACCCCCACCACCACCUCCACCCCCAACACCACCCCCACCACCUCCACCACCAUCACCACCACCACCACCACCCCCACCACCACCACCACCACCACCACCCCCACCACCACCACCACCACCACCACCCUCCCUCCCCCCACCACCACCACCACCAUCACCAACCCCACCACCACCACCACCACCAUCACCAACCCCACCACCACCACCACCACCACCAUCACCAACCCCACCACCACCACCACCACCCCCUCCACCACCACCACCACCAUCACCAACCCCACCACCACCACCACCACCACCAUCACCAACCCCUCCACCACCACCACCACCACCACCACCACCAUCACCAAUCCCACCACCACCACCACCACCAUCACCAACCCCACCACCACCACCACCACCAUCACCAACCCCACCACCACCACCACCACCAUCACCAACCCCACCACCACCACCACCACCAUCACCAACCCCACCACCACCACCACCACCAUCACCAACCCCACCACCACCACCACCACCAUCACCAACCCCUCCCCCACCACCACCACCACCACCACCACCUCCACCCCCAUCACCACCACCACCACCAUCACCACCACCAUCACCAACCCCACCACCACC